AUGUGUAUCAGUAGUACUAAGAAAGAUUCAGUUGAAUUCCUUUCCACAGAAUCAGAAAAUGAGAUUGUAGCGUCUAAUGAAACGCUCAAAGUAACAGAAUCCAAAAAAUCAAGUUCAAAAUCGAAACGUAAUGACGAAAAAACAUCGGACUUGGAAUCAGAAUAUCCUAGGUCAAGAAAAACUUCAAGCAAAGAGAAGGAGUCUGUAAGAGAUAAUGUUCCUGUGACUAGAAGUAGGGAAGAGGAGUUAAAACAAAGAUAUCAUGACCUUAAAAAGGCGUAUCGACGGGUGUACGGAGCUAGGGAAGAUGAUUAA